AUGGCAACAACACUUUUCGAUGUUGGAUGCAUUCCACCGCCGGUGCCAGAAUACUUGGCGUGGGACCCCGUCGGCGUUGUGAUUCCAGUUAAUUCGACUGACCAACAUCCCUCCCUACAACGGCUAUUGCGUGCCUCCUACAAGACACGAUAUGUGAGCAAGAAUGCCGUCAACCAUAACGACCCUGGGGGCUACAGGAUCAGGGUUGACGCCACAACCCAUGUCAGCGACCAUGCCCUAAAUACGGGCGCUGAAAUAAUCCAUCGUAUGACGAGUCACAUGUCGAGCGCCACAUUCAACCGCCUUGCCUCCCAUGCUACUGUUGGUAUUUUCACAUCCUGGGAGCAUAUAACUAUCUUCCCCGAAUAUUACAGCGUCGCCAACCCGGCCGGAUGCUGUGAACAAGACCAUGCGUGUUGUGCCGGGCAGUGCAGUGCGUCGUGUACGUUUGACGGCCGGAAGUACUUCAAACUGGCGGGAGCAGGGGGCCAGCGGACCGGAAUCCUAGACGACAACAUCCUGUGUAACGACAAUGACCCAUACCGUUACGGCAGAUCCAACAUUCUCGUCCACGAGUUUGCUCACACGGUUAAACUCUACGGACUGGCUGGAUGGAUGCUCACUAGAAUAACAAACGCAUUUAAAGCUGCUCAGGGGAAUCACGCCUGGGCGCCAGGACAGUACGCCAUGCAGACGGAAGAGGAGUACUUUGCCGUCGGGAGCAGCGUCUUCAUGAACGCCGAUCGACGCGGGCCAAACGCCAAUGUGAAUGGAAUUCAGAUGAACGUAUGUGGUUCCACGGCGUGCAGUACUGAGUACGCCGGUAAGACCAACAUCUAUAACCACGACAUUACGCUCUAUUCUAUACUGAGGGAAGUGUAUGGAAACAACCAAGACGUGAACUUCAACCUUUCACCGUGUGUCCACAUAUAAUCCAAUCACUAAGCGCUUGUGGUUAAACACCUAUUUGCAAUGGAUCACUUUGAUUGAUUUAUUUUGUUUAUGAUCACGUUGAUUAAAUAUCGGUUUCCUCUGAUUAAA